AUGUCCGAAAGUUACAGCAUGAGCGAUUUUACUAAAAUGGUCAAUGCUAUUGUGGACCAGGUUCUGGAGCUCUCCCUCCUCUAUGAUUGCCGGGCCUACCUCCUUGUGGAAAGUGACAAUGGUAUUGUUAUAUUUAAUUCCGUGGAAGAUCCCUUAUGGCCACCAGAUGACCGAUCUCUUAGGCUAUACAGCAGCUGGGAAAUUUUGGCGCGCGCCAUAGGGGAAGAACGGAAAGAUCUCAUCCAGUUGCUGGUCUACAUCUCUGAGGUAGCCAAGGGGCCCCUUGCUCUGGCAGCUGAAUCAACGCAAGAUGAGCAAGCUCUUGGCGCUGGAGCUUUCGAAGGCCCCAGAGCAGAUGAGCAGGACGAAGACAGAAUUGUACAGGAAGAGGAUAAUGCGGAUGACGAAAAGGGCGAAGGGGACCAAAGAGCAGUAGAGAACGCGGAGCAUGGCGAGGAGGGAAGGGGCCAUGAGACUUACAUAUGGAGUGGGGACGCCACUGAUUGGUACGGUAGCAAGGCUCAGUUGCAGUAG